AUGUUUCGUGUAACCACCAGGAGCUUGAGAGCUUCAAGUUCGGCACUCAAGCGAGUCCCAUUCAAUGUGCGCUUCUCAUCCACGCAGACGUUAACAUCGACGCCUGGCAACGCAAGAUACUUGUGGUCAGCGGCAGCCAUCCUCGGUGUCGGUUCUGGAGCUUACAUCUUCAGCGGGAAGAGUACUACCGCGAAGGCCUCAAAUAACGAGGUUCCUCGCUUGAGCGAUUACCCUACAGAAGAACAGAUCCCCGUCAACUCGCCUGUCAAGUCCAUCAUUAUCGAGGAUGCCAACGCUAAACUGCGCGAGGACGCUCACACCUUUGUCUUUGAGGGGCAUGCAGGAGUCAAGGGACGCGUAGACUUUGCGCGUUUGGGAAGCAAUAAUCCCAUUGAGGAUGAUUGGGACCUUAAAAUUGCCAAAGGUGUUGGAGGAGCGACGACUUUGUACGCUGGUGUUUACGAUGGACAUGCUGGAUGGGCGACUUCCCAGGUGUUGAGGAACGCUCUCGUCCCGUACAUAUCAGGCGCUCUGUCAAGCCUCACACCUACCAGUUCUACCGAGUCAGUCAACAGUGCCAUCGAAAAGGCCUUUGUUCGUCUCGACGAUCGCAUCUUUGACACAGCCCUCAAAGCUGUUGAAUCGGGCCAGGACCAAGGCACUGCAUCUGUUAUUUCGGCCGUCGCACCCGCCAUUGCUGGGUCCUGCGCGCUUCUAACUCUCUACGAGCCCGCCACGUCUACACUCCGCACCGCUGUAGCAGGUGACUCGCGAGCAGUUCGUGGUGCAUGGUCUAAUAAGACGAACAAGUACGAUACAGACAUUCUGAGCAUCGAUCAGACCGGCUUCAACGAGCUUGAAGUAGAGAGACUUGAUAAGGAACAUCCCGGUCAGCUUCACAGCAUGCUCAACCUUAAGUCUGGCCGACUUUUUGGACUUGCUGUUACAAGAGCGUUUGGCGAUCAUCGACUGAAAUGGCCAGUAGAUGUUAUUCGCAAAGUCCAGGAUGAUUACUACGGCACCCCACCCCGGCCCAACUACACCACACCUCCGUACCUGACAGCCCGUCCAGAAGUCACCACCCGAAAGAUCCAAACAGAAGACUUUGUCAUCCUAGGCUCCGACGGUCUUUGGGACAUGAUCAGCAACGAGGACGCCGUGACAUGCAUCUCGCGCUGGCUAACCGCCAAGAAAAGCGGCAAGCCUGAGCCGUUCAAGGAGACCAAGUUUGAGGGAAAGCUGGAAGAUGGGUGGCAGGCCACGCCGGAGCACCACGUCAUUGAAGAUCUCGACAAUGCGGCUGUGUGCUUGGUGAAGAACGCAUUUGGAGGGUCACGACGUGGCUUGUUUCUUGGAGCGAUGACGACUUAUGCGCCCAUGAGCCGAAAUGUGAGGGAUGACAUUACUGUGCAGAUUAUUUUCUUCAAGGAUCCUUAUGAGAAGAAAUGA